CAAGACGUAAACAAUCAAAUAUUUAAUAUUUUUUCAAUUAAAACUAUAAACUACUAGUGUUUUAAGACGCUUGACGGUUAACUAUAAUCAUGGAAUUUGAUUUGGAUAGUGAUUUGUGCUGUGGUUGCCUUUGUGCGGGUCGCAAAAUGGUACUCAUUGAUGAUUUCAAGAAGCGAUGUUUUUUACAAAUAUUAUGGGAGAUGCAGCCGAUGAGUCAACCUGAAAAGGUUUCUCUGUGGCUGUGUUGGGAAUGUGUUGCUCAAACUGAACGUUUCUGUAAAUUCAAACAAAAAGUUAAAAAAUCUUUCAGGAAAUUACAGGGAUUAACAAAAGAGGUUGGCUGGUCGCAUAUAGAGCAACAUUCUUCACUAAAAGUAUCAGCCAUAAACAUCAUUAACAUAUAUCCCAACGGCGUUAUAAUAGAUGAUGCUGACAAUGCUCUGAAAUAUGAAGUAAAACUAGAACCUUGUGAAAAAACUAAUACAUCAACUGAUAUAAAGAAUGAAUCUGACAAUAUUUCAAUACAUUCGGAUAGACUCGACUCAUGUGCUGAAGAUCCAAUAGUAAAGGACAAUGAAUUGUCAAAAGAAGUGGUGAAAAAACGGAAAUGUAGAAGUACAAUCAAGAUUAAAAAGAAAAAGAGUAAAACACAAGCUGAAAUAGUACCAGAAUACAUUAAGGAAGUAGAGCUUAGCCCAGUUGAAAUAGAGAAUGAAAGAUCUGAAUUGCGUAAUGGAGAAGAGUUUGUGAAUGCCAUGUUCAAGUGUGAUAAUUGUAUUUUGCCAUUUCCUAAUGCUGAAGAUCUUCGGGACCAUAUCACUUCAAAGCAUGAGUUGAAUGCAACAAAAUUUAAAUGUAAUAUCUGCAAGUGUUCAUUUGCAAAUGAAAUUUCAUACAACUAUCAUACAAACAGGCACAAGCGCCGUUACGAGUGUAUAAUGUGCGAAGAAAGAUUCUCCAGUCACCGGAAAGGCACGAAACAUUAUGAAACAUAUCACUGUGGAAUUAGCAACUACACUUGUAAUAUAUGCCAGAAUGAAUUUGUGUCCCAAACCGCUCUAGACUCCCACAUGAGCAAAGCCCACGAUUGCCCAGAGGUCACCACUGACGCUGAACCAGCCAGCACCUACCCGUGUGACCAGUGUAGCAAGACCUUCAAAUGGCAGUCGUCACUGAGGAAACAUAUGGAGACACACCGGAUACAGACCGGGGAGAAACGGAAACCAUACUGUGAGACUUGCCGAUUGUCCUUCACAACCACAUCAAAUCUUCAAAAGCACGUGAAAACGAGCUCCAAACAUCAGAUAAAAUUAAAAUUAAGGAAGCUCCCGGCCACGGACGACGCGCACCGAGACAGCGUGUGCGUGUCGGUGAACCGCGCGCGGGCCACGCACGCGUGCCCGCACUGCGGGAAACUGUUCCAGUGGAAGGGGAACUUGUUGCGGCAUAUGAAGAGCCAUGUCGCCAAAGCGGCGGGCGAGCUGUCGUGCGAGCCGUGCGGGCGCUCGUUCGCGUCCAUCGCCACCUACAACCAGCACAUGCGCGUCAGCCGGAAACACGUCAGCGAGAAUGACUUCAAGUACGAGUGUAACGAAUGCGGAAAAAAGUUUGCGAACAAAAUACGACUGAAAGACCACGUGGACUGGGAACAUCUGAAGAACUACAACCACAACUGCAGCAUCUGCCAAAAGGUAUUCAAGAGCCACACGUCGCUGUACCUGCACCGGCAGGUGGUGCACGGCAAGGAGCAUCGCGACCAUCUGUGCGACCACUGCGGGAAGUCCUUCCCUAACAACGCGAAGUUGCGCGCGCACGUCACGGCCCUACACUCCGGGGCUUCCUACGCGUGUGCGCAGUGCGGCGCGCGCUUCAACUGGCACUCGUGCCUGUCGCGCCACGUGCGCGUGCUGCACCGGAACAAGGAAAAGGGCAAUGGGGCCGCACCCUAAGGAUGAUGCCAUAGA